AUGAGAGGUAGUCUGACACUAUUCGAAUGGCAAGUACUCGCGUUCACGCUGAUGGAUCUUUUGCCGUUAGAAGCUUCCGCUCCGGGCACGACGGUACGAUGGGAGAGAUGUCAUCCUGCGAGCGGGCCUACUAGUAUUAACUCUGAACACGCGAGCGCCGACGGCCUCACAGCCAACCGUCAUGAUCCGAAUGGAGCCGCGGCUGUCAGUGGAAUCAGUGCACGGUGCCAGCUCAAUCUCGUCGGCAUGUUCCGAAUGCCAGAGGACAAGUGGUCUUCCCUCCACACUCGCGAUCGUGAAAUAGAAAGUGGAACUUCUUAUUGA